UUGGCCCAAUGGCGAUCUUAGCUCCGCUCGUUUUUUUGUUCUUUUUUUUCCAAAUUGCACCGGGGGAUGGGGGUAGGCUUGGGUAAAGAGGGGUGGCUCCGGAGGCGGAUGACGUCACCAGCGAAGAGGGAGGUCGCCCCGCCCCUCUUCCGCGCUGGAAACGUACGUCAGCCUCCUCCGCAUCCGCCCGCCCACGCUGACGGGCCGCAGGGCUGGCGUGGGGGAAGGGAGAGGAGGAGGAGGAGAAGGAGGAGGAGCCUCUGGAAGCCGCCGGCGAUCGUGAAGGGAGAGGUAGAGGGGGCGGGGCUCCGUCGCGGCUCCUCCUUCUCCUUGUCGCUCCGUGUCGGCGACCCGCGCUCUCCUUUAGGGAAGCCUCUGCCCCGGGGGCUUGGUAGGGGCGGUAGCUUAGCCGCCAGUUCCCCGGCAAGCCCCGCGCCGCCCCGCUUCCGUGCCCUGUCCGUCUUGGCGACGGAGCGAGGGGUAAAGCGGAGCGGAAUGGCAGAAAAUGAGUUCCUAGAAGAAAAAACAUUCAAGCAAUAUUGUGAAAAAUUUAUUAAACAUUCAGAGGAAAUAGGUGAUGGAUGGGAAUGGAAAAAUUCAAAGGACUGUUCUGAUGGCUACAUGAGCAAAACACAUUUCCAGACUAAAAAUGGGACUUCUGUGCCUGAACAGUUUUUUUCUCAAGCUGAGGAAGAUGAUGAAGGAGCCAGGAAUAGCGACCUGAAUUUGGAUGACUUUGAGCUCUACUCUGAUGACUCUGAAGUGGUUGGGCUCACUGCAGCAGCAGAAGUGAUUCGAUAUGAAUACCAUGUGUUAUACUCCUGCAGCUAUCGGGUACCUGUACUGUACUUCAGAGCAAGUUUUUUAGAUGGAAGACCUUUAACACUGAAGGAGAUAUGGGAUGGUGUCCAUCAGUUCUAUAAAGCUCGUCUUCUUCAAGAGCCGUGGAGCACCAUUACACAACAGGAGCACCCAAUACUUGGACAGCCUUUCUUUGUCCUUCACCCUUGCAAGACAAAUGAAUUCAUGACUUCUUUGUUAGACAAUUCUGAAAAAGACAACAGUAAUAUAAACUAUAUUACAUCAUGGCUCAGCAUUGUUGGACCAGUGGUGGGGCUGAAUCUACCUUUGAGUUAUGCCAAGGCAAUGUCUCAGCAAGAUGCAAAAAUGGAUUGAUGCAAGGUCGGUGAGUCAAACUGCACACACUGAGGAGUCCCUGCAGUAAAGAAUCUUUGUUUUCUUGAGCAGCUUAAGACAGAUGAUGGACAAGAUCACCCACUAGAGUCUUCACUGGAGCUGUUUCUGUUUUUCCUUGGAAACAAGACACAAGAUGACAACUCAAGACAAAAAUGCUUAUAACACCUAUCUCAAAGAUUCAGGUGACUGGGUUUCAUUAAGAAGGAUACUACUCUGUUGAGCAUCCUGUGUCAUUGAAUUUGAGGGAAGAAUCAUUUCCAUUUUCUCUUCCUUUGCUAUAUCCUUUCUUCUGACUAUAGGGCUUUAGCCUGAAAUGGAUGUGAAUAUUCAUUGUGAAUAUGACCAAAGUUCUCUGGCAUAAUUUUUUUUUUAAUAUUUAAAAUAGAAUAUUGGUUUUAUGUACUUAAAAGGAUUUUUUACUUUUUAUUCUAAGAAAUAAUAAACCACUACUUGUACUGAGCAUGAUUGAUGUUUAAUAUAUACCUUGCCAGUGACAUCUUAUUUUUCAUUUUAUACCAUGUUCCUUCCUUCUGUCCCUGUCCCCCUGCAUCCUCCUUUUCUUGGGCAUUAAAUUCUCUUUUCUUUAGAUCCCAUUUUAAUUC